UCACGUGGUUAGCAGGAAGCUGCUGCGGUCUGUUUACAUUGUGUCUCACCCACACACCACGCGCUUCAGUUUUAAUAUGAAUUCGUGCUGAUGAUGAUGACGUCCUCCUCCAUCUCGCCCGCGUGAGCGUCCACCCCGCCAUGGCGUCUCCCGGUUCCACCUGCACCCACGAUGGAGCCACAGAGAAGGACAGGCUCCUCUCCUCCGUUGCUAACUAUGGGAGCCCUCGUCCCAUGUCUCUGGUGGGCUCCCCUCAUCAGAAGCAGGAGGAGGAGGAGGAGGAGGAGGCGGCCCUGAGGAGGAAGCUCAAGUACUUCUUCAUGAGCCCUUGUGACAAGUAUCACGCCAAACGACGCAAGCCCUACAAGCUGGGCCUGCAGCUGCUCAAAAUCCUCAUUGUGACUGUGCAGUUGGUGCUGUUCGGGCUGAGCAACCAGAUGGUGGUGACGUUCAAAGAGGAGAACACGGCUGCCUUCAAACACCUUUUCCUGAAGGGUUAUCAGGACGGUGCUCCGCAGGCCGUCCACACGCAGAAGGAGCUGUAUGGCCGCAUUAACUUCGCCGUGGAGCAGUACAUGGCUCUACCCCAGAUCUCUCUGGGCCGGUACGCGUACGUGUUGGGCGUUGGCGUGAACGGGAGUGCGCUCUCCCUCUGCCAGCGCAACUACAGGAGGGGCACCAUCGACCCCGUCAACGACACCUUUGACAUUGACCCCCACGUCGACACCGAAUGCAUUGGAAUGAAUCCACUGACUUACAGUUUGGCUUCAGGAAACGGAGACUACAAGAAUUUCACUCUCAAGUUUUACAAGCUGAUCAACGUCACGAUUGACUUCCAGCUGAAGGCCAUCAACAUUCAGACGAUCAUAAACAAUGAAAUCCCUGACUGCUACACCUUUGCCAUCACGAUCGUCAUGGACAACAGGGCGCACAGCGGCAAAGUUAAGAUCAGCCUGCAGAACGAGGCCUCCAUAAAGGAGUGCAAAGACCCCAACGUGUCCGGACACGCGGAGAGCUACGCCCGUGAGUUCCUGGACGUGCUGGUGGCGUUCGUCUGCCUGCUGUCCCUGCUGCUGUGCGGCCGCUCCAUCCUCAGAGGCAUCGUCCUGCAACACGAGUACGUGCAGUUUUUCAAGCACAGCCUCGGCCGCAGCGUGAGCUGGGGAGACCGAAUGGAGUUCAUCAACGGCUGGUACAUUCUGCUCAUCGUCAGCGACAUGUUCACCAUCAUCGGCAGCUUCAUCAAAAUUGGGAUUGAGUCCAAGACUUUGUCGUCAUAUGACAUGUGCGGGAUCCUGUUGGGCACCUCCACCCUGCUGGUGUGGGUGGGAGUCAUCCGCUACCUCAGCUUUUUUCAGAAAUACAAUAUCUUGAUCGUGACUCUGACGGCUGCGUUUCCGAACGUGAUCCGCUUCUGCUGCUGUGCAGCGGCCAUUUACAUGGGAUACUGCUUCUGUGGCUGGAUUGUGCUGGGGCCCUAUCACACCAAGUUCCGCUCCCUGUCCACGGUGUCGGAGUGCCUGUUCUCUCUGAUCAACGGGGACGACAUGUUCGUGACGUUCCACGAGAUGGAGAGGAGCGGCACACUGGUGUGGAUCUUCAGCCAGGUCUACCUUUACACCUUUAUCUCCCUCUUCAUCUACAUGGUGCUGUCCCUCUUCAUCGCGCUCAUCACCGGAGCCUACGACACCAUCAUGGCUCAAACGCAGGAGCAGGAACAGGUGCGAGUCAGCGACCUGCACGCGUUCAUCGCAGAGUGCGCGGACACACCCAGCUCCGGCAAGUUCCGGGGGCCCGAGGGGUCGUCGUGCUCCUUCCUCUGCUGCUGUGACUAAGGAGGAGGAGGAGGAGGAUGCCCAGAGGGGGGGGGGGUGUGUGUGUGUGUGUGUGUGUGUGUGUGUGUGUGUGUGUGUGUGUGUGUGUGUGUGUGUGUGUGUGUGUGUGUGUGUGUGUGUGUGUGUGUGUGUGUGUGUGUUUCCACUUUAGCUGUCUACAGUUGCACUCCUUUUCCCCUCAAACACCCAGCAGGGACGAUAAAUGCCUUGACCAGACUGACCCUGGACCACGAUGUCCUCUGUUAGAAUUUAGCAUUAGAUUUGCACUCGCAUGCCCCAUUACCUGCUUAGGGUUUUUGUUCUGUAUAAAUAAUUGAUUGUCUCUUUCUGACAUGACAGUUUGCUGGGGCUUUGAUGGCCAGUAGACACAUGUAUCACUGUAGACAGCUAAUGGUCAACUAAGUAAGAUGUACAAAUGACUACAAAAUACUAAUUGACUUAGAAAAGGUACAAUAAAAAAGGAGGGGACAUUAACUGCAUCGUACGCGUUGGCUCCUGGUACGUUUUCAAUCAAGGCUCCUCCUCCACUCCCUGUGUUCAUUUUUUUCACACAAGAAAGGAGAAGCCCUGCAGCCAACCAGUAAGUCAUCAAUAUGUAUGAACUGUUUCUGCUGAGCCGACGGAGCCUUCUUACCGUUUGGCUGCACAAUAACGUUUUCUAUAGAAACCCUGGAAGCACGAUAGUCAACGGCAAGAGACAAAGAUUUUUUUUGGAGCCGUUUCAAAAUCAGAAACAGAAGUGCUCAUUUGCCAAGUAUGUUGAACAUACGAGGAAUUUGACUCUGUGAAAGGUGCAUAACAAUAAACAAAGAAUAACACAAUGAAAAUACAAUAAACAUGCAAUAAACAUGCAAUAAUAGAUAAAUAUGGUUUGAAUUGUGUCAUGAAUUACAAAUCUGCUGUUUGUCAAUUAAAAACAUAGUUUUGCACAUCAAGAAAGUUGCCGGCCGUUACCUUGGCUAGCCAGCCAGCUAGCCAGCCGCUGUAGGUAGCUAGCUAGCUAGCCAGGGAAAACUCACUGGGAUCGGAGCUUCAUUGAGAGACGUCACUUGCGCGACUUUUAGGUGCGUAGUCUUCGUGAUUACAUAUUUUCACAGCCUCAUACUUCAACAGUUUUACAACCAAAUGCAACUUUCUCGACGUGCAGAAUUAUCUUUUAAACUGACAAACAUUGCAUAUGUAAUUCAUGGCACAAUUCAAAAUCAAAAAUCGAUGCAGGAAAUAACCUGGCACCCAUUUGGGAUGUUUAUAUCGGCUAUAAAGGUGGAGAGCAAUAACUACAGCAACAGUGGAGCUGAGUGAACUUUAAAGGCUCUUAGCCAAACUUUGUAAAAGAUGUAUUAGUUCUAAAACCUUUUUUUAUAAUGUUUUUUAAUUUAUUCUUUCAGAUUUUAUGCUGAUUGUUAGUCAUUGUCACGACCUUCACCUUAAACACCUUCCGAUAGGUCGUAGGGAAAACGCAUUUACAAGCUAAAUAUGUUCUAGAUUCUUCUUCAGCUUUUUUGUCCACCGAUGAGCUAGUUUAAUAAAUCAACUGUAAAAUACCUGUAAAUAAGUAAUUUAAAAUGUAGUUUGCCCUCCGGAGACGGCAGGUAUGGCUACUAUGCUAAGCUAGUGUAUAAGAACAAGUGGGUACGUUAGCUGUAGCUUAGGCUCGCUUUGUUUUGGUUUCUUGUGAAUUUUUAAAAGAUACUUAAUUCAUGGGUACACACAUUUAUAUGGGAACGUAAGAAAUAAAAUAAAAAGUCAAAAGUUGCCUGUUUCACAUCCAUUUUGACCAAAUGUGUUUUAGCUUUGUAGGCAGCUUAGAGAGUUGCUAACAUUUUAUAUAAUGGGUCAUUCAAGCCGUUAUCUUCUUUUUAAAUCUGUAAAUUUGGGGUUGGCUGUAGCUCAUGGUGGAGAGUGGUCGUCCCGUAACCACAAGGUACCCGGUUCCAUCCCCGCUCUCCCCAUAGUUGCAUGUUGAAGUGUCCCCGAGCAAGACACUGAACCCCCAGUUGCUCCCCGGGCGCUUCACUGCAGCCCACUGCUCCUUAAUAAGUAAGGAUGGGUUAAAUGCAGAGAAGAAUUUCCCCACGGGGAUCAAUAAAGUGUACAUUUCUAUUAUUACUAUUAAAUUAAAUGAGAAAGGGCAUGUCUACAAACAAGUGGUUCUUCAUUAUCUUUUCUCUUUAAAAGGAAAAAGAAUAUUCCAAAUAUCUUAUUAUAGAACCUUGCUGCGCGAAGGCAAAGGAGGAGUGAUGUGUUUCAGGACUAAAGGGUACUGUGUGUGUUUAUAUAUAUAUAUAUAUAUUUCUUUUUGUACUGUUCACCGACAAGGUUAUUGAUAUGAUUAUUGUUUACAAUCACAACAUGCAUUUACGUUGAAUGAAUGUUUAUUGACACAUACUUAUUUGCACUUAAGGAAUAGUGAUUUAAAUGUGUCGCACAGGAGCAAAGCACUGUGUCUGUAACGUGCACCUGUUCCUGUUCUCCUGUGGUACGGUUCUUUAAAGCCACUUUGAUUUCAUGGUAAAUUUGCAUUGGCUUCCUUGUAUUUUGAAUGUAUUAUUUUUUUAAGUGAUGACUAAAAAGGGAGUUUCUCAGUUUCUGUAAACAAGAUUUUUACCCUCAUUUGUUAAAUAUUUUUUGUGAUGAUGCCGCCUUCUGAAAGAAAGUACAUGUAGAUCAAAUAAACUGUAAAGAAUCU